AUGCGGGCGCGCGCGGGCGAGGGGGGGGAUGGGAGCGGCGCGGAGGCGUCGCGCGCGCGCGUGCGGCCGGUGCUCGUGGCGUUGGACGCGGAGACGCAUGACGCGGCGCGCGCGCUGGGCGUGGCGACGUAUCGCGCCGAGUACGGCGAUUUGAACGACGCCGCGGAUCACGCGAGCGAGAGUUGGAAGAAGUUUUGCGCGUUGAUGGUGAAGGAAUUGCGCGCGGUGCUCGACGCCGGGUUUGACGUGAUUUUAUCCGACGUCGACGUCGUGUGGCUUCGAGACGCGGCGCCGUACUUCAAGUGCGAGAGCGGCGACGUGGACGGGUGCGAGGAGAUUCGCGGGGCGGACGUGAUGAUUAGCAGCGAUAAUUUAAGCCCGACGAUGGAUUGGGAAUUAGGAGCGAGAUACGCGAUGCGCGGGAUCUUCAACACUGGGAUGAUGUUCAUCAGGAACACGCGCGCGGGGAAGGAUUUCUUGAGCGACUGGGCGCGAAAUUUACAGGCAAAGGACGGGGCGUACUCAAAGCUCACGACGCACCAACAAGUGUUUAACAAGAUGGUGCGCGAGGAAAAUGCGUGGCCGGGACUAGAUGUUGCCCCGGGAGCGUCGGCGAAGACGCGAGUGCUGCAAUCGGGUUCGCCGUUGCCGUCGACCGGUUCGCCGUUCGCGAUUGGCGCGUUGCCGCUUCGACUCUUCGUGAACGGUCACGGAUACUUCAUGCAGUGGGUGAAUCGAAAAGACGGCGUCUGGGAUGACGUUAAACCGUACGCCGUGCACGCGACGUACACGUUCGACGGUAGUGGUGGAGAGGCGAAGCGGUAUAGGUUUCAAGAGGUUGGCUUGUGGGCGCUGCACGACGCCGCGGGCGAGGACGAAAAGUUCCUCACGUUUGAACUCGCGCCUCAAAACUUGACGAGCGAGGAACCGACGAUUGAGGACCACCUCAUUGUCGCGAGCGCGAACGUUCGCGCGCUCGUGAAGGCGUUCGCGUACGCCGUAUCCCUCAACCGCACGCUUGCGAUUCCCCCACUGCCGUGUCGGUGCGACAAAGUUUGGAGCGGCCAUGACGACGUGUUCAGCGCAAAGUGUCGAUAUCCGGGCGCGAACGACGAGAACUACCUUCCAGGAACGUGUCCUCUCGACCACUUCGUCUCCGGUGCGAAGAUACGCAAAGCCGGAGGCCGAUUCGUCCCGCUCGCGAGCGUCCCGAGCCCGCGCGCCGCCGUCUUCGUCGACGCGGCGCGCGGCGAACGCCGAGACGACGUUCUCCUCACCCUCGGCGACAUCGAUCGAGUCCCAGCGUUAAAAUUUGACGCAAACCACGCCGCGCUCUCGAGCGCGGUGUCCCAUCCCGAACCUUGGUGCGCGGAGUGUCUACGCGAGGCGUGCGCGAGCGUCCUCGCCGCUGACGUCCUCCGCCGCGGCGCGACGCGCGCGACCCGAGGCGGCACCGCCGAGAUGUGGUGCGUCUCUUUCACUGACCCCGCGUCGUCACCCUAG